CGCAGGCGUUGCUCGCACCUUGUUGAUUAGUCAGUGCUGGGAGCGCUGCUAUGGCGUUUCUCGUACCCACGGCUCCUCCUCACACGCUCGAGGCGGAGGGAAGGAGGGGUGAGAGGAGGAGGAGGCGAACGGGCGGCCGCCGCAGCUGCAGACCCGGGGCCCGCGGAGGAGGCGGAGCGCGAGUCACUGCCCGCAGUCGCGGGGCCGCUCCGAGUCCUCUCCGGGCUUGAGGGCGCGCGGGGCGCCCCGGCCAUGCCCCGCCGCGGCCGCUGAGCCGGGCAUUGGCCCCCUCGCUCGGGUCCGCCGCAGCCGCCGCGCCCCCCGGCGCCUCCCGCGCAGCCCAGACCGCGAGUGUGAGUAGCGGCGGCCGCCGAGGCGCGCUGGUGCCAGCGGCGGCGGCGGGUGAGAUGGACCCGGCGCCCUUGCUGGGCUGCAGCCUCAAGGAUGUGAAGUGGAGCUCGGUGGCCGUGCCUCUCGACCUGCUGGUCAGCACCUACCGGCUGCCCCAGAUCGCGCGGCUGGACAGCGGAGAAUGCAUAGAAGGAUUGCGGGAAAAUGAUUACCUUCUGAUUCAUUCAUGUCGUCAGUGGACCACCAUCACUGCCCACAGUCUGGAAGAGGGCCACUAUGUCAUUGGGCCAAAGAUCGAGAUCCCGGUACAUUACGCAGGGCAAUUCAAGCUGCUGGAACAAGACCGAGAUAUAAAGGAGCCUGUGCAAUAUUUCAACAGCGUGGAGGAGGUGGCUAAGGCAUUUCCUGAGCGUGUGUACGUCAUGGAGGAAAUUACAUUCAACGUAAAGGUUGCUUCUGGUGAAUGCAAUGAAGACACGGAGGUUUACAACAUAACCCUGUGUACGGGGGAUGAGCUCACCCUGAUGGGGCAGGCAGAAAUCCUGUAUGCAAAGACUUUCAAGGAGAAGUCCCGGCUCAACACAAUCUUCAAAAAGAUCGGGAAACUCAAUUCCAUCAGCAAGCUGGGAAAAGGCAAGAUGCCCUGCCUCAUUUGCAUGAAUCACCGGACCAACGAAAGCAUCAGCCUUCCAUUCCAGUGCAAAGGCAGGUUCAGCACCCGGAGUCCCUUGGAGCUGCAGAUGCAGGAGGGCGAGCACACCAUCCGCAACAUUGUGGAGAAAACCAGGCUUCCUGUGAACGUGACCGUGCCAAGCCCUCCGCCCAGGAACCCAUACGACCUCCACUUCAUCCGCGAGGGACACCGCUACAAGUUUGUGAACAUCCAGACCAAGACAGUGGUGGUCUGCUGCGUGCUACGGAACAACAAGAUCCUCCCGAUGCACUUCCCUUUGCACUUGACUGUGCCCAAGUUCAGCCUCCCAGAACACCUGGUCAAGGGAGAGGUGUGGCCUGAAACCCUGGUCCAUCACUGGCUGGGUAUCUGCCAGGAGCAGUUCGACAUUGACGAAUAUUCCCGGGCUGUCCGCGAUGUGAAAACAGACUGGAAUGAGGACUGCAAAAGCCCCAAGAAGGGCCGGUGCUCCGGCCACAACCACGUGCCCAACUCCCUCAGCUACGCCCGCGAUGAGCUCACCCAGUCCUUCCACAGGCUUUCGGUCUGUGUGUAUGGCAACAAUCUCCAUGGCAACAGCGAGGUGAACCUGCACGGCUGCAGGGACCUGGGGGGAGAGUGGUCUCCCUUUCCGCACGACAUCCUGCCCUACCAGGACUCUGGUGACAGUGGGAGCGACUACCUUUUCCCGGAAGCUGGCGAAGAGUCGGGGGGCGUCCCCGGGAAGUCCGAACUUCCGUAUGAGGAGCUGUGGCUGGAGGAAGGCAAGCCCAGCGGUCAGCCCCUCGCACGUACGCUGAGUGAGAAGAGCAGAUGUGACCCACUGCGAGGCUCCGUCCGCUCCAAAUGUGCAGCUUCUCCUCUUCCCCUCUCUGGGACUCCGGGAGCCACAAUGAAGUCUUCAGAAAUCGCCCUACCUCCACCUCCAGUGCCUCCCAAAUCCGAAGCCGUCAGGGAAGAAUGCCGACUCCUGAACGCCCCACCUGUUCCACCCCGAAGCGCAAAGCCUUUGUCCACAAGUCCCUCCAUCCCUCCUCGCACAGUCAAGCCAGCGCGGCCACAGACUCGCUCUCCCAGCCCCACCUUGUCCUACUAUUCUUCAGGGCUGCACAACAUCAGCGUUACUAAAAGUGACACAAGCCCUUCUGAAAGCGCUCCCAUUUCCUGUUACCCGUGUAACCGAGUGAAGACCGAUUCUGUGGACCUGAAGUCCCCGUUCGGAAGUCCUUCUGCAGAAGCGCUGUCCUCCCGGCUCUCGUGGCCUAAUCAUUACUCGGGAGCCUCAGAGAGCCACACCAGGAGCGACUUCCUGCUGGACCCAAGCAGGAGCUACAGUUAUCCCCGACAGAAGACACCCGGCACACCAAAGAGAAACUGCCCGGCACCUUUUGAUUUGGAUGGCUCCCAGCUCCUGGGCAGCGCUCCCAGCGCGGUCACUGCAGAACCCAGUAGCGGGGCCGUGGGUUGUCCAAAGUCAGCCAGCUACUCUCUGGAGAGCACCGAGGAGAGCAGCCUUGCAGUGGGCACGAACAGGCAGAGCGUCUCGUGCCCUGCCUUACCCCCCAGGGCCCCAAAGCCGGUGGAGCAGAAAGGGGCCACAGAAAUAUCUCCUUUGCCUCUGAAAAUCGACGGUGCUGAGGAGGACCCCAAGUCAGGGUCGCCGGACCCCUCCGAGGACCAGUAUUUUGUUAAAAAGGGCAUGCAGGACAUCUUCUCCAUCUCCUACCCUUUCUCCUCUCCGCUGCACCUCCAGCUAGCCCCCAGGUCCUGUGGCGAUGGGUCCCCGUGGCAGCCACCCGCUGACCUGUCGGGACUCUCUAUAGAAGAAGUGUCCAAGUCACUACGGUUCAUUGGUUUGUCUGAAGACGUCAUCUCCUUCUUUGUCACUGAAAAGAUUGAUGGGAAUUUGCUCGUUCAACUAACAGAAGAAAUCCUCUCAGAGGAUUUCAAAUUAAGCAAACUUCAGGUGAAGAAAAUAAUGCAAUUCAUUAAUGGCUGGAGGCCCAAAAUAUAGCCAAAUAACCCAGCUAGCAUGAAAGAAGACUGAUAAAUGUGUGCUGGAUGGGGGUGGGCUGGGACACAGUUUCAUGUUUUUGCACUAAAACCUUCUCUGUAAAUAGGGAUAAGAAAAACUCUUACUAUGCAGAUUACAUUUUUGAAUGGUGAACAGGCUAUUUUGUACAUCAAUAAAGAUGCUGUACAGAACACGUAGAAGUGUGCCUUGUACGUCACUCAACACUCAACAGCUGCUAAAGAACAAAAACGGGCAUAUUCAGAGAACUUGUUCUUACCCCAGUAGGUUUAUCUGAGAAGGUGUGAUAUUUAUUACAAAAUAGCCAAAGCCGAAAAACAUCAGAAUCUUUAAAAAAAAAUUAAACAGAAGAAAAGAAAAAACAUUUUUGAGCAGUUCCCUUCUUCAGGAGAAGUUCAUGUUAGACAACUAUAUUCUGUGCUCUGUUGUUUGGAUUGCCUAAUGCUAAUUGUUUUACUUUUGUGCCUGAAAAUGUUGGAGAUAUGAAAUGACACUUUAAUGUUAUAUGCUUGAUGGGGAUCUUUUUAUUAAAAGGCGUUUUCCUAGCCGUGCUGAUAAAGGAUAAGUGAUUUCCUUAGAAGUAAUACAAUUCAUGACCACAAUAAUUGAUCUAACUGCUGCUAGAUUUUAUUGAGCAGAGAAACAAAUGAAAUCUAUAGGGGGGUGUGUGUGUGUGUGCAUGUGUAUAUACACACACAAUAUACACGUGUAUUAUGUUUUGAACAGAAUUUUGAAUCAGAUAUUUUAGAUAGUCUGUGUUCACUCUCAAGUAUCUAUAGAGGUUUUGGGACCGUAAACCAAGCUGAUUCUCUAAGGAACAGUAGACAGAAUGAUUCCAGAGAUUCUCAGAAACCUGAACUUUGAAGUUUAGCCUUACCUAGGUUUCAUCACUUAAAACUUGGAAGGGACCAGUGACACAUCUGGAGAAUUGCAUGUGACUUUAAGCCCCAUGGUAGGGUUGAUUUCUGUGUAUCUGUGCCAACAUCUGGAGAAAUGAGUUGGUGUUGAGUGAUCAUUCUCAGCUCUGAGGGUCUUUUCCUGUGGCGUCUACUCCUGAGGCACCCGAGCAGCACGUCUCAGAGUUUGAGGGGUCCCCGACAUGCUUCUUGCUUUAAGAGCACUCAGAAAUCAGACACACCAUCCAUUCUCCUGAUGUCAGGGCUCCACAGUUGGGUAGUUCUUAAAAUAUCAGUGAGAGUAUGUGUUACUUUCAUAAGCUUUCUUUCCGCUCUUCUAAGGAAGAUACAUAUUGUGAGAAUUCCAGGAUGGUAGUGUGAGAAUUUUUGCUAAAUGUUAAAUACUCUGAAUAUAAUGGCCUCAUUCUCACUGUUGACCUCUUGAAGGAGUAUGAGCCUUAGAAAAGUUUUUGUUAUCUGAACACGGCAUCCUUCAAACAGCCCCAAGCCUGUCCCCAGAUUCUGAACCUGUAGCCUGGGACCAAGGUACGCACUGGCUUCCUGCCUGUGUCAGCAUGACUUGUAGGAUUACGUCGUUUUAUGAUGUCCUCUUUCUGCUCACCAGAAUAAACAGACUUAAAGACAAGACCCACCAGUCUGGGUGGGUAGCCCUGUGAAAUAUGUCUCUAUUUCUUGGCAUUAGAAAGCCAUUUUUAAUUCAUGUCAUGAUUUACAGUUGAAUUAAAUUGAUUCCUCUUUGAAUUCUCCAUCUUAGAUCUUCUUAACAAAAAGUUUUUUUCUUUUGUUCCUAACAUGCAUCCCAUAAUGUAAAAUGCUAGUUCUCCAGGUAAAAACAGGACCCUGUAAAAUUGUACCCCAGAGGCCUCGUCAGAAGUGGCUGACAGAUCUGUGGAGUGUCCAGCACCCAUGAAACUCCUGGGCGAGGGACCACCUCCAGUGAGUUACCCCUCAGAACUUCUCUUUGAAUGAAAACAGGCUAGACCCAGUUGAGAAGCUGCACCUCUUCAGUGGCCAACGCGGGCUCCAUCCGUUCUAAAGCACCAAGAACCUGGAUGUAGUUUCCAACUCAGAAACAAGGAACCCAGCUUUACUGGGUUUACUGGGUAGUUUGCCCCACAUAAGCACUGAUUCUUUUUGUCUUUUACUUUUUGCAGAACCUUACAUAAGAGAGAGUCGUUUUCUUUUUGUUUGUGUGUUUGCGUUGGUCUCGGCCUGCUCAUACUGACUGCUGCCCUCGAGACUCCUUGCAGGCAGACUGGCCUUGACUCACGUAUACAUUGUGUGUUCACUGAGCACCUUCUAUCCACAGUGCUUGCCUUGACCAAAGACUCAGUCCCUGCCUUCUCAGAACUCAUACUAUUCAUAUUUAAACUCCCAGUUGCUGACAUCAUGUAUGUGCGGGCGACUGACAUGGCUUCUCUGGGCAUGGAUCUAUGGAGAGGGAAGUGUACCCCAUCUUUAAGGUGUCUCCAGACAGGAGUAGCAGCUGCAGUAAGGGUAUAAAUAAACACGACCAUUAGAACCUGCAAUAGGUUGGAGGCAGCUUAUCUUUCAUUUUUCUCUAGUAUUUUACUGACUUGAGAAAACUAAUAUCUGCUGGCAUUUCUAAGUUGCCACAAAUGUGAUAAUCGCCCUUCUCAAGCUGAGAGCAGUCUGUGGAGGGCUUGACUGUCAAGGCACCUGCAGCCAGAGAACCACGGCAAGAAAUGUAAACAAGAAUAAGAGGAAAAACCGCUCCUCCUUCCGGGUGACCGCAGUGGGAAGCCACGUAAGGCGGUCGGUCCCCCAGACGGAAGCUUUUCUAGGUCAAGGGUGAGUACAUGUUUCCUGGCAGGUUCCCACAGUCGGGAUUCUUAGGAAGGGGCUGUCUGAAUAGGACCUUUUCUUGAGUCCAUAAAUUCAUGGCUAAAAUCAUCUUCAGGCUCCCAUCAGGAAAGAAGUAUAGCAAUAAACCAAGCCAAGCAGCUCAAAUGUGUAAGAUGGACCCAACUCAGAGGGAAAACUAACACACAGAUCAAUUCUUCCUCAGAAUCCUGUAAACGCCCGCAAGUUCUCUCUUCUCUAAGUUGAGCUGCUCAACUUUAUGAACUGUGAAAUGUACACUUGCACUCUUGCAGCCGGCACACACCACUCACAUUUAUGAAGUUGUAGCAAACUGCACAUUUAGCUAAAUUGCAGUGUUUAUUCUUGUCUCCUGCAGAACUGCAAGAGUCUUAUGUCCCACAGUAGGACAAUCCACCCCAGCUGACUUCAGACCCCCAUAAACACCCUCCAGGACGCCCUGCACAUCCCCGCUCAUCUCCCUGAGAAGUUCAAGGGGCUGCUGGGGAUGGAUAGUGAGUCCAUCUUGGGGCGAUAAAUCACUGCUCAGCAUGCCUAACAAAUAUAUGAUUAGCAUUCUAAUAACGAAUGCAAAGUAGUUCUCCAAAGAAUCUAGCAAACUAUUCAAAGGAAAUUUUAGUUUUACCCGACCAGAAAAGUUCAAUCUGUGGUUGGACACACAGGCUUUCAGAAACACGUCCUUUCCAUCAGCUCCCACUAUUCUCUAGUAAUCAAAAGGCUGCUGAAGCAAGAAGAAUAAAAUGCCUGGUGUACAAAUAAAGCAAAAUAUGGUAGUGUUGUAAUAUAGUGGGAUUCUUAUGGCCAAAUCAUGGUAAAUCACUUCAGCUAGUCCAGAAAACUUGGUAUUUUCAAAAUUUUUCUCAUUGUGAUAAGGGACAAGAAGUGUGAUUUUAGUUAAGAUUUUAUACAAAUGUUUUUCUGUAAUUUUGCUGCUCUAAUUCCUAGGGUGAGUUUUGUAAUAGAGCUUAUCAGAUUGUGAAUUUCCUUUGUUUAGGAAAAUAUAGGAGGGCUCAGAUAAUUUCUUAACUGUAAGCUUUUUCUCCCAUCUUUCAUACCUAAGUUCCACUUAAAAUACUGACUCAGCUAAGUCUAAAAAGUGAACUCAAGAAUUUCGGUAGUUUUCCUUACAUGGAAAUGGUGUAUUCUUUUCAAAGAAUUUUGUAACCAUCUUUACAGUUUCUUGGCUUGGAAAACUUGGGUUGUUAACCACAAGUUAACGUUUGUGUUGCUUUCCAGAGCAUUAUUUUAAGGGGCCCAAUGUGUACCUCAAGAUAAACACAGUAUGUUAUGUCUAAAAACAAUUUCAUUGUCUGUUUGAUUUAAAUGGUUCUGAAAUGUCUAUAAAUAAAGAAAUUAUCGAAGUU